GCGCCUCGACUCUCGCCAAGAAAAAAGUGAAGACUCACCUCUGUCACUUGAUAAGUGGACGAAGGAAGAAGUCUGCCGAAGUGAAAAGUGUUUAAAAGUUCGGUUUUGUUUUAUUGUGAUUGGUCAAAAUGCUCAGAAUUCCCGCGCUCGUCCUGCUGAUGGCGGUGUCUGUCUACGGCGCCCGGAACUGCUGGGACCGCCGGGAACUGAAGAACAUCCGCGAGCUGGUUCGAAGCGUCUCGUGCAUGGAUCGACCCCGCAAGACGCUCGUCCCUCUGCCCGUGCCGAAGGGCUUCGACUGGGUGUACCCGAGCGUGGUGGAAGUGCCCAGGUGCGCGGGGCAGAUGUGCAUUCAGCUGGACCAGGAAUGCGUUGCCACAGAAACCAGGAACAUGACCAUUACGGUCAAUGCUCACAGACUGAACUCGCUGAUGGAAUAUGAAUGCGUUACUCUCACUGUGCAAGAAGACAUCAGCUGUGGUUGCAAUUGCGAGAGGUCCCAGGAGAGCUGCGGUGCGCAUGAGGCGUUCAACCGCAACUUCUGCCGUUGCGAGUGCAAGCAAGGGCUGAAGAACGAGUGCAAGGAGAAGAUGGCCAAGAUGCCGGGCCUCUUCAUGUGGGACGAGAACUCUUGCACUUGCCCUUGCAACAACCAGCACAUCAAGUGUGGAGACGGCCAGGUGUUCGUGCAUUCGACGUGCGAAUGCCUUUACGUGAUGGACUCGUAGGAGAGGCGACGAGAGAGAAUUAUCGGUAGAGAAUUAAAAAUGCGAGACAGAAUGCGGAAAUGCUACUGCUAAUAUGAAAUGGUAAAAAAGAAGUAGAAGGCAGAAGCGUAGGGGGCAAAAUAUGUGAAGAAAGGCUAGAGGCAGCCGAAGCAGAUGUGUUUUCCAAAGGAAUUAUCUGUUCGAUUUUCAUGACACGUAUUUACGCACACACGUCUCGCGUAAUUAACGAAAAAAAAUAUAUGCUGAUUUUUCUGAGCGUGUUGUGUAUCGGUGAUUUGCUUAUUGUAUAUUGCAAUAAAAAAAAAUCAGUCAA